AUGGAGAAGAAAGUGACUGAUGAGAUGAUGGAGAAAGAAACAGGAAUUUUUGAUGUGGUGAAAGAUAGUUCAGCAUCUGAUUCAAUCCAGAUUGAGCGUGUUGAUCAAACUCUUAUCGAUGAGAACAAACUAUCAGCUGAAUCAAAGAAGGAAUCACCUGUAGAAGUGGUGGAGGAAGUUGCAGAUGUUGAAAAAUCUGAAGAAUCUGCAGAGAAAGAGAAAGAUGAGAGUAGUGAGAAAGAACCUACAGAAAUGGUUUUGAUUGUUGAAGAGGUUAAUGUUGAAUCAUUUGAUGAGGAGAAAGCAGAGAAGAAGGAGACCAUGGAGGAUGUUGAUGAAGAAGUUAAGGAGGAAAAAUAUGCUGAAACUGCAGAGAAGAAAGAUGUGAAGAUUGUUAAUGUUUCUGAAUCGACAGAUAAAGCUGGAGGGAAACAUGAAGAUGAAAUCAAAGAUGUGGAACCUGUUUCAUCAGCUGAAACAACAGAUGUAAAAUUUCUUGAGGUUGAGUCAAAGCCAGAGGCUUCUCAAGCUAAGGAAUCAGCUUCAGAAGUUGAGGUAAAGGCAGAGGAAAACUCUGAAACAGAGGAAGAAGCUGAGGCUGAGCUCCAUGUCAAGGUGGAGGAGAAAAGUGUUGAAACAAAGUGCCCUGAGGAAGUUGUAUUGAUAAGCCAAGAUCUAGUGUAUGAGCCUAAGAAGGAGAGUGAAGAAGUUUCUUAUUCAUCUCUCACUGAUUUCAUUGAGAAGAUGGGUAUUGAAGCAAAGCAUGUAGUGGAAGAGCCAUCAAAGGAUGUCACAAAUAAGCUUGUUGAAGAAGAUGAGGGUAUCAAGGAGGAUACUUUGAGACAAACUGAUAUUGAAUCAAACGAGAAAGCAAUUGCAGCUAAAUCACAAGAGGAGAUGACUGCAGAGAAAGCGGCAGAGGGAUUACAAACAGAACCUGAUGUUAAAGAAAGCGGUGAAGGGAAACAAGAAUCAGAAGUCACAGAGAAAGAAUUUUCUGUUAAGCCAAAGCAUUCAAGCAACAUUAUAUCAAAGGUAAAACAAUCUCUUGUUAAGGCAAAGAAAGCAGUCACUGGAAAAUAA